AAACAGUAACACAACUGAUCCAGACAUCUUAAGAUGCAGUUCCAUAUUCAGACAAACAUUUGUACUUUAACCAUUACUCUUUUCGUAUUGUUCAUCAAUUUUCAGAAAGCAAAUGGCGAUGGUGAUCACAACACAUUUGAAUCCACUUUUAAUGGUGUGGCCAGUGAAAUGAAUUCACUAAAAAGCAAACUUAUUAGUGCUAAUUAUGAACUAGAAUCAUUACACAAUAAAUUACACUUGCAAACAGAUAUGGUUAAUAUGAUCAGAACUGAAGUUGAUCACAAGGCUGUUAAGGAAGAUCAAUGUGAUACGAGUGAACUUUUCGAUGAACUUGAUAAUAAAUUGCGUAAAAUAAAACAAAACUUUCACAAAGUUAUCAAUAAUAAUGAUGACAAACAUUUGGAUAAAAUGGAUUCCAUAUUACAGAAUGUAAAAGCCAGUAAGGGCUGCAAUAACAAUGAUGAUACUGCACAGUUGCAUAAAAUUAAAGCACAUAUAUUGGAAAAUUUGCAAAAGUUCAAUCAAUAUAUUGAAAGGUUAGAGGUAUUGGAAAAAAGAUUUGAACAAUUUGAAAAGACGGAUGAAAAUGAUACAUCGAUUAUGACACAUGCUAAUAAACCUGAUUUGGACAACAUAAUUAAUCAAAUAAAUGCUAAGCUUUUAUCACAAGAGAAAACAUUGCUGCAAUAUGAUGAACAUUUAAAUGAAAUGAAAAAUAUUUCAGCAACUGUAGAAUCACACUUAAAAGCUAGGAAAGAAAAAUCCAAAAGAAGAUGUACGAAAGAUAAAUGCGUGCUAUAUAAAUUAAUCGAAAUGGACAAAUCAUUAAAUAUAACAAAACACGUAUAAUUAUGUGCGUAAAUGUAAUUCGGGACACUUAUAUUUUUAUACUUAUAAAUAAUGUUAUUAAUCAUCUCAAUAAUAGACAUGGUAUGACUUAUUGUUAAUUCUCUUAUAUCCUCAUCAGAUCAGUGAGCCAUUAAGAAUAUUUAAAACAGUGAUCUUUUUCUUUAAAAUAAAAUUAUCUUAUAUUUAAUA